CUUCUCUCGUAUUAAUAAUUUUAAAUGGAAUACGAACUUUGUACAGUUGACUUGUUUUCAUUAAAAUACCUGUUUUUGUUUAUAUUCGCUAGCCUUACGAUGUACGCGGUAUUAAUAAAAUCAUGUUAUAGGAAUGGUGUGCUGUUGUUUCUCUUUUCAUAUUCUAAUGCCGAGUCAUUCCAUGCAAUUUUAUUAUUUCUUAAUCACAUGUUUUAUGCAUUAUAUUAGCACUAUUCCAUUCCAUGCAAUGUCAUACUUCUUUAUCAUGUAGGUACUUUCGAAAACAUUGACAGCCGAAGUGAAUAUGGGUUGCGCAUGGUACGUUAGGGGUAUUAAACAGAGAGAUGCUUAAGUCUAAUGUUAGUUUCUUAAAUCGUCUUAAAGUAGCUUUAAUUACCCGGUUCGGCUGUGUCGCAUACCUCGCAUUGGCAAGAGAAACAGUGGAACGCUAUUGGGGUGUCUAGGAACUAAAUUAAUUUAUCCACAAAAAAGAAGAAUUGUGUACCCAAAUCGAGGAAGGACUAUGCCAAAUGCAAUGAUUUGUUAAACUGACACAAGAAACUUAUACAAAACGUAUCUAUACUUUGUGGCAGGUACCAAUAUCAUAAGAUUUUUUAAAAGAGUGGCUGCAAACAAAAGACGAGGCGUUAUGAGAACCGUUAUACAGGAAGUCCAAAACAAGUACUCCUUUCUAGACAACCUUUUAACAAAUUGUUGGAAGUCAUGGACGAAAUCAAAUUCAACUUUUAAACUGCAAUUGAAAAAUAUCAAAUGGAAGAAUAAGAAAGCUGACCCAGGCUGUGCAUACAAGCCAACAGAGAUUGAGCAAUUAGCAAAUGUCUUAACCCAUGGCAUUUGGAUUGUGCCCGCAGUAAUAUGUGCCAAUAAGUUAUUCGAACGAUCUAAAACGUCGAGCCAAUAUUUAGUAUCAUGGGUUUAUGGAGGAGCUUUAACUCUGCUUUUUACGUUAUCAACAGGUUUCCACUGUUCCUGUUUCUGUGAUAAUAAGGUUGGUAUCAAAAAUGUUCUACAUCGCUGUGAUCGUGCUAUGAUUUACAUAUUCAUAGCUGCGUCAUAUUUUCCUUGGCUGCAGUUAGAGAAUCCCAACCAUUCCGCGCUUCUCAUAUGCUUGGAAUGGGUUAUUUGGUUAAUGGCAGCAAUUGGUAUCACAUAUCAACAGAUCUUUCACGAACGAUUUAAAUGUUUGGAAACAUGUUUUUACAUACUCAUGGGAUUAGGCCCGGCUUUAGCAGUGUUCGGGACGGGUCAUGAAUUUCCUGGUAUGACAGAACUUAAAUUGGGUGGAUUUUUCUAUAUUGUGGGGAUAUGUUUCUUUAAAUCGGACGGUCUGAUACCAAUGGCUCAUGCCAUAUGGCAUUUGUUUGUGGUAAUAGCUGCCGGUUUUCAUUAUUAUGCUAUUCUAGUUCAUUUAUAUCCCUUAGAAGAUAGUAAUUCCAAUGUUUAGCACCUUGAUCUUGAUGAAUUAUUUACAUAAGACAUUUAGAUUUUAUUUCUUCCAACAAUCAUAUAUUUCUUAUGAUUAUACAUCGGAAUUCGUCCAAAUUAUUUAGUAAUUUAGCCCAAUGCUUACUUACCAGGUUGACCAGGAGACAAAUUCUAAAAAAUGUUUUUUUUUUUUUUCAACUGGGUAGUUUGCUUGACAACAUCUUUUCUGGAUAUUCUAGAGAGAAUUAUUGUUUUUCCACACAGGAAUAUAUAUGUCUCGCUAUAUGUUAUUUACUAUAACUUACAAUUAAGAAAUUACAAAACCCCAAACAUUUUUAAUAAUUUAUACAUUUUUGAUCUCACAUUUUUUAUGACAUUUUUAGCCAUUUUUUGUUUUGAUUCUACUAUUUUUUAUUUUAUUUAUUUAUUUUUUCUACAACUUGAUUAUGUUGCCUUCAUCGCUUUCACCACAAAAGUUAAACACAGAAAUUAUACCGAAAUUGAAUUUUGACAGAACGCAUUUUUGUUUAUAUGUUUUUGUAUCUGAACACUACACUGAUAAUUUGACCUGCUGUGAGGCAAAAAAAUAAUAAUGACGAAUUAAGACGUUUUAACUGUGUAGCUCGAUUAUCGUCGAUCUCCGAAUCUAUUUACAACGUUUGUGGGAACAUUGUAUGGAAAUUGAUCGUAAAUUCUUAAUUUAAGAGAAAAUUGAAUAGUAUUAUGUGGUUUUCGCUAAUCGAAUAACAAAAUAUUACAUUUAAGCGGUGUAUGUAUGAAUUUUAAUUUCAACAGAAUUCGAAUAUAUUUAAAAUAAUUAUUCAAACACAUACAAGAGCUGUGUAUGUCUUAUGGCGCCCGUCGUUUUUUCUGUCAAACACACAUUUUCUUUAAUCUAAAAAUAUGUACCAAAUGUAUCCACACAAACCUUUAACGGCAAUAUAAGUGUAAGUGUUCUAUCCGGGUUGACCUUAUUAACUUGGCCUUAAUUGUGAGUAUAAAAAAUAAAUGAGUCAUAUCAAGCAUUUUCAUGCUAAACUAAUUAAAAGUCUCCUGGACAUCCUGAUAUUUAGGCCAUCGUUUUGUAUCAAAGUCUCAAUGUAUUUUUGUUUAGAUUUUCUUUAUAAUUUGUUUUCAAAUAAAAGACGAAUUUACUUAUUUAGCUAUACUAAUUUAUCAUAUUAAGUUGAAAACCGAUUAUGUCAAAAAUUAGGCUUCCAACCAAAUCAUCAGGUUUAAGCAUUAAAAAAGUUACAAAAUAGAGGUUCUGGUGCACCACUCACGUUUUCCCUAUAAAUUGUUACUGUCUAGUUUGGAGGAUCUUGAGAACAGCAACAAAAGUGUCUUCCUUCGGAGACCUAAGGUAAAAUACACAUAGUCUACGCACCGAUAACAACAAGAUGCAGCAUUUGAUCACCGUGAUCGGCCAAGUAUCCAAG